AUGUCGUCGCGCACCAACGAUGCCGACAUUGAUCCGGUACCAGACGAUGCUCCACCCCCGUACGAGCCAAUAGGUUCCCCUACUAAUGAGGCAAGUUCGACGACGAGUGCAGCACCUAGCAGCAAUGCCACACACAGUACGGCAGCCGGACCUCCUGCAGCUACCACCGCAUCACGCAACCCGUUCUUGGCGCCAGAAGAGCAGAGCAGCGGAACGGGCGCGGCAAGUGUCACCGCCGCUUCCGCGACUACAGCAUCCACGAACCCCUUCGAGACCGGUGUCACGCCUCAGCAAACUGGUACAACCAUCGCACCUACUUCAAGCACAACACCGGCCCUUCCACCCCGAACGUACGCCGCACCACCAAGUCCUGCGCUAUCACAACCGGCGGCAAUUCGACCGAGCCUUGACUCACACCACUCGCGAACCUCCUCGAGCACCCACGCAGCCCCACCGGCAGUCACUUCGCCGUCUGUGUAUGCUCCGCCCUCGGCACCACCGCCCUCGUCAUCAUCUUCAUCAUCUCGACCGAGCUUGAGGCCCACCGACUCGUACCGACCUACGACGGUCCCUACGCCUGGCCAGCCCUUGCUACGGAAGGGCAAGAUCCUGGUCUACCCUCGCGACUGGCGCGGCUGUCCCAAAUGCAACGACACGGGCUUCAAGCAUGGUGACCCCAACAACCCGCACAAGAGCUGUUGGGACAAGUACGGCAAGACGUACUCGGCGGCCAUGAGCUAUUCGACCGGGUUGAACGGGGCGACGAGUCACUUUCAGAAGCCGUUGCCGGUGCUAGGUGGACCACCUAUGGGAGCGGGGUUGGGUGGAAGGCCGAGUCACGGACACAUGCUGGGUGGGUAUCCUGGUGCUGGUGGUGGAGGGUUCGGCGGUCCGCUGAGCCCUGUUCAGCCGGGGUAUGGAGGCUAUGGCCCGCCUGUUCACGCACCACCACCGCAUCCUCCGCAGCAGCAGCAGCCGACCAGGCCGCCACGUACACCGCCCUCUGUGGAUGCAGAGACGGAAGGAGCACGCAUGUCAGACGUCCCACCCAACUACCAGGACGCCAGCAACGUCACAGAAGACCAGCGUCUACCAUCGCAGUACGUUGCACCACCAAUGCCGCCACCCGGCCACGGACCACCACCACCGACUCAUCCUCCUCCUCAGCAUCCCCCCUUCUCGCCCGGUCCCUCACCCUACGGUCCAGGACCAGGCUACCACCAACCCCCACCACCAGGCGGCUUCGUCGGCGGCUUCGGUCCCAACCCCGGCGGUCCCAAUCCCUACGUCACGGUGCAGCCAGCCCACCAAGGGUGGUAUGGCGCUCGACCACCCGGAGCACUAGUGGUCCUACCCGGUGACCCACGAAUAGGUGGCAGACUCUGCUUCGAAUGCAACGGACGAGGCAUCAUCGAGAGCUUCUGGCUCGGCGACGAGACGUGCUAUCGAUGCAGAGGUUCCGGUCGAGUGUUCUGA